AUGGCUUCUUCUGCGCGUUUUGUCUCGUCUUUGCGACGAAGUGCGCUUUCCUCUCGUGCUCCUGCGCGCUUUCAAUGCCUAAGACCGGCAUAUCAAGUUCGAUGGAACGGCAAUACUCCCACGCCUACGUCAGCGACUUCGGAGCCACACCAGCCAGAUGCUGAAGGAGGCGUAAAGGGUAAAACAGCGCCCGCCAAGACUAUCAAAUACACCUCAGAAAAUUACCCACAACUUCAAAGAGACAGCAAAUUUACAAAAAUCACUAAAGAGCAUGUAAAUUUUUUCCAGGACCUUCUUGGCUCUGAAUCCUCCGUAAUAGAUGGCGUCUCAAAAGAUGCAUCGGAAGACAUCGAGGCUUACAACAGUGACUGGAUGCGCAAGUUCCGUGGCCACACCAAACUCGUGCUCAAGCCCAGCUCCACUGAAGAAGUUAGCAAAAUCUUAAAAUACUGCAACGAAAACAUGCUCGCUGUGGUUCCUCAGGGUGGCAAUACCGGUCUCGUUGGCGGCUCCGUACCUGUCUUCGAUGAGAUUGUCAUCAACUUGCAGAAGAUGAACCAGAUUCAUUCCUUUGAUGAGGUUUCCGGCAUCUUGGUCGCCGAUGCAGGUGUCAUCUUAGAGAAUGCCGACAACUUCCUCGCAGAGAAGAACCACAUUUUCCCUCUUGAUCUUGGUGCGAAGGGCUCGUGUCAGAUUGGUGGAAAUGUUGCGACCAACGCUGGUGGCCUGCGACUUCUCCGAUAUGGUAGUUUUCAUGGCAACGUGCUAGGCAUCGAGGCAGUACUUCCUGAUGGAUCUGUCAUGGACGACUUAUCAAAACUCCGCAAAAACAACACCGGCUACGACUUGAAGCAAUUGUUUAUUGGUGGUGAGGGCACAAUCGGCAUCGUUACCAAGAUCUCCAUCAUGUGCCCGCGAAGGUCGCCUGCCAUAAACGUAGCCUACUUUGGUUUGGAAAGCUACGAACACGUCCAGAAGGCAUUCCGUGAAGCCAAGGGUCAACUCUCCGAGAUUCUGUCAGCUUUCGAGCUCAUGGACGGUCGAUCGCAAAAGCUUGUCAAUAGAGUCACUGGCAAGUCAAUGCCGUUGGAGGGAGAGCACCCUUUCUACUGCUUGAUCGAAACAAGCGGCUCAAACACCGACCAUGAUGCCGAGAAGCUAGAGAAGUUUUUGGAACACGUCAUGGAAACCGAGGUUGUCCAAGACGGUAUCCUAGCGCAGGAUCAGACUCAGAUCCAAGAGCUCUGGUCAUGGCGCGAGGGCAUUACUGAAUGUCUCGGUCAUGACGGUGGUGUCUACAAGUACGACCUGUCAAUUCCUAUUCACGAGCUCUACGACUUGGUCAACGAGACUCGCGAUCGCCUCACGGAAGCUGGUUUCGUCGGCAAAGAUGAGUCACAUCCCGUUGUCGAUGUCGUAGGAUACGGUCACAUGGGUGAUGGCAACCUACAUUUGAACAUUCCAGUAAGACGAUUCGACAAGGCUGUUGAGAAGACAAUCGAGCCUUGGGUAUACGAGUGGGUCCAGAAGAGGAACGGUAGCAUCAGCGCUGAGCAUGGUCUCGGUGUGACGAAGAAACCCUAUGUUGGAUACAGUAAGAGUGAGACCAUGAUUAGACUGAUGAAGCAGAUCAAAGAUCUGUAUGAUCCGAACGGUAUCAUGAACCCAUACAAGUACAUAUAAGCUUCGGCUCCAUCCUUUUCAAAAAUUCCUACAUGCCGCUAC